AUGUCAGGCUCACCCACCCCAAAAACCACCCUCCGCCCCUCCAAAUUCAUCGAAGGACCUCCCCUCACCUCCACAACCCCCAACCUCGCACAAACAAACGAACAACUACACAGCAUCCUCCUCGAAAUGGAUUCCUAUGAGUCCUCUCGCAAAUCACAACGCCAAACCAAAUCGCGUUCUUCCUCUAGUAGUUCCUCCAACUCGCAUUCCUCGCAUUCGUCCAGCUGCUCUACAUCUUCAUUUCCUUUUUUCGCGAGUUGUGCUUCCAAAAGAAUGAGUCAUGAUUAUUCAGCUUCAACUUCUCCUCCUUCUACAUCUACAUCUACAUUUAUAUCUACAGCUAUAUCUACAUCUGCGGGUUGUAGGAAAUCUGGCGUGAGAGCGAAUUUGGAUACGGGAAAUGCUUGCACGGCACUGUCGAGCUUGGAUUCUUCACCGGGGAGAAGUAGGGGUAGUACGAUUGAGAGCAUGAAUGCGCCAGGGUUGGUGGAUGAGGGAUCAAUUCGAGAUGUGCAGAUAUUGGGGUUGAAGAUUAAAGGGAGAUUGCGGGCUUGGAGUCGGGGGAAGGAUGAUAUGGGUAGAGCAUAUGCAGGCACUUGA